AUGACAGAAUCAACCACUUCCAAAGCUGAAGAGUAUAGAUCUCUUUACCAAAAAUACCUCGAAUGCUGCAAUGCACACGACUUUGAAGGCAUGAAAACCUUUUACAAGUCCCCUCUCAACGUCAUGGACAAACCACUAGACCCAGACGACGUUGUUGCCCAGUUUAGACCUCUAGUGGUUGCAUUUCCCGACUGGAAGUGGGAACUACGACGUCUAGUUAUCGAAGGCGAUUAUCUUUCGCUGCAUUUCAGAAUCACUGGAACGCACAAGGGUGAAUUUCGAGGAUAUCAACCUACCGGACGCAAGGUGGAAACUACAGAGUUUACUCUCUAUCAUGUUGUUGAUGGCAAGUUUGCAGAGGUUUGGGAUUUGGUUGACUUUGAGGCAAUGGUUGAGCAGAUCAAAUGA